UUGCAUAAAAGCGCACUUGAUAAAUUAAUUUAUGCAUAUCAGUUAAGAAUUCCAUACAAUUAUUAUUAUCACAAAAAAUGACUCUUAGCGGAAAAUAUAAACUUAUUAGAGACGAAGGACAAUAUGAGCAUCUCAUAGCAAAUGGUAUGCCUGAAGAUCGCGCAAAAGCUUUCAUUGAAGGUGGCAUGAGUUAUGAAAUUUUAAUUAGUGGCAACGAUGUUACCUUGGUUGGUUCUAAUGGUCGUACUCAAAAAUACGUUCUUGGUCAGGAGACUACUCAAACUACUCCCGAUGGAAAAAUCAUGAAGAACACCGCUUCUCUCGACGCAAAUAUACUCACCGUGGAAACUAAAUUUGAAAAAGGAACAAUGAAACGAGUUUUUUCUUUGUCUGGAUCGGAACUUAUCGUUCUAUCAGUUUCAGACAAACCUGGAAUUCCAGAUGGAAAGAGGAUUUACGAAAAAGUGUAAAAAACCAUUUUUUUUUUUUUUUUGAAAAUUAGGUAUCUACAUACGAAAUAAAUUAAUGUUGAUAAAUAAAUUAAUAUUUUAAUUAA